AGUGAUUAAAAGUGAGAGACCAAUAUUUGAUUGGAAAAUUAUGAUAAAAUCUAGAAUUGGUAUAUAUGAAGAAACCGGCGGCCCAAUUCAACUACCAGCGCAGGAAGGGCCGCUGUCCUUUCCUCCUCUAAAAGCGGCUACACACCACACCAACUCCACCACCAAAAGUAAAAGCCACGAAAUACUAUCUUUAUUUAUAAUAUUAAUGAGCAAGAAACCAUCACCAAAUCUUCCAUAAAUUAAAAGCUUUGACAUAUGUUUGAUGAACACUAGUGCUAGUGGGGACUCUUUUGGUGACCAAAGAACAAAACCCAAUGCAACAACAAUAAUAAGGAGCUUAUGUGAAACGACGACAAACAUAAGAACAACCCCCAAAGUGAGAAAAACAGUACCCUUUCUCUAAUUUCCGUUGUUUCAAUCCAAGUUUUUCAAAACACCCUUUAAUGGCUCCUCCUCUAUUAUUUGUAUUCAUCACCGUCACCAAAUAAGUGAUUUCCCCUUUUGACUCUCUUUGUAAUCCGUAACCAAUGCUGCUUCGAAAUUCCAUUUCCAAUACCAAAAGGUUCUUUCAGAAAACCUUACGAAGUUUCAAGUCUCUCUUCUCUGGUACUGAUGCUGAACCUUACCAAAGGCUACCCAAAGCCUCUCCGUACAAUCCCUAUUCAUUCACCGCUGCAGGCGUUGCCGUGAAUCCCAACGACAAUGGCAACCCAAAGGAAAGAAAUGACAACAGGAAAAAGAUAAAAUUUUCAACUCAUAAUAUAGAAGCGCAAAGACAAGGAAACAAUAAGGGAAAUAUGAAGCAGUCUACGACACAAGGAAGAGAUGACCAUCAGGACAUUAAGCAGCAUAAAACGAGGAGUGCCAAGGUGGGGAACAGACGAGAGGAUUGUAAUUCAGGCGAGAGAAGAAGAGAAGAAAGGAAUUUAUCAGUGCCACAAAAGCUGAAAGAGCUAGAGAUGAUGGAUAUGAGCAAUAUGGAACAUGUUCUUGACAUUGAAGAGGUUCUUCAAUACUAUUCUCGACUCACUUGUCCUACCUAUCUUGAUAUUGUCGACAAGUUUCUCAUGGAAAUGUAUGCAGAAAUUUUGGGACCCCCAGAUUCUCCAAGAAGAGUCAACUCAAGCCAAAAUAUCGAUCAGUGAGAUCCUGAUUCAUCCCUUCUCUCCCAUGUUUUGCGUGAGAGGAUUUUUGGACAGGUCCAGACUUGAAAUUGUCAUAAUUAUUUCUGUAAAUCUCUGCGUUUUUACUUUUGUUUUUUUUUUCUGAUACAACCCUUCUCUCCCACUUUUUCUUUAAUUUCCCCAAUUGAUGCCACUUAAGACAUGGUUGUGAGACAGGAUACGAAAUUUAACUUUGAGAAAUGAUAAAUUUUUUUUUUCUCAAAUAAACAUAA